AUGCUGGACGGCCUGAAGAUGGAGGAGAACUUCCAAAGCGCCAUCGAAACGUCGGCCUCCUUCUCCUCGCUGCUGGGUGAAGCGGUGAGCCCGAAGUCUGUCUGCGAGGGCUGUCAGCGGGUCAUCUCGGAUAGGUUUCUGCUGCGGCUCAACGACAGCUUCUGGCAUGAGCAGUGCGUGCAGUGCGCCUCCUGCAAAGAGCCCUUGGAGACCACAUGCUUCUACCGGGACAAGAAGCUCUACUGCAAGUUUGACUACGAGAAGCUGUUUGCUGUCAAAUGUGGGGGCUGCUUUGAGGCCAUCGCACCCAACGAGUUUGUUAUGCGGGCCCAGAAGAGCGUGUACCACCUGAGCUGCUUCUGUUGCUGUGUCUGCGAGCGGCAGCUCCAGAAGGGCGAUGAGUUUGUCCUGAAGGAGGGGCAGCUGCUCUGCAAAGGGGACUAUGAGAAGGAGCGGGAGCUGCUCAGCCUGGUGAGCCCAGCAGCGUCAGACUCAGGGAAAAGUGAUGAUGAGGAAAGUCUUUGCAAGUCAGCCCACGGGGCAGGGAAAGGAGCCUCUGAGGACAGCAAGGACCAUAAGCGCCCCAAACGUCCCAGAACCAUCCUGACAACCCAACAGAGGAGAGCAUUCAAGGCCUCGUUUGAAGUAUCCUCCAAGCCGUGCAGGAAGGUGAGGGAGACCCUGGCUGCAGAGACAGGGCUGAGCGUCCGUGUGGUUCAGGUGUGGUUCCAGAACCAGAGAGCUAAGAUGAAGAAGCUGGCCCGGCGGCAGCAGCAGCAGCAGCAAGAUCAGCAGAACACCCAGAGGCUGAGUUCCGCUCAGACAAAUAGUGGUGGGAAUGCUGGCAUGGAAGGGAUCAUGAACCCCUACACGGCUCUGCCCACCCCACAGCAGCUCCUGGCCAUCGAGCAGAGUGUCUACAGCUCAGAUCCCUUCCGACAGGGGCUCACCCCACCCCAGAUGCCUGGAGACCACAUGCACCCCUAUGGUGCUGAGCCCCUCUUCCACGAGCUGGAUAGUGAGGACACCUCCCUCAGUAACCUGGGUGACUGUUUCCUAGCAACCUCAGAAGCCGGGCCCCUGCAGUCCAGAGUGGGAAACCCCAUUGAUCAUCUGUACUCCAUGCAGAAUUCUUACUUCACCUCUUGA